CUCCACAGGCACAAGGCCCCGGACCUCAGUCCUCAGCCUGCAGCCUUUAGAAGGAGCAACAUGGAGACGUUUGCCCCCAAACUCAGCAAAGCUCUGCUGACACCUGAUCCACAUUAUAUUCCAGGGUAUUCAGGGUAUUGCCCACAGCUGAAGUUUCACAUGGGGAAGACUUAGAGCCAGCACACGGCCGAGCUGCUGAGCAGUCCUGAUGUGAAACACUCCAGUCGCCUGGUCCUCAACACCGGUCAGUCUCCUUCCACCGACACAGCUGCUCUGACACUGAGAGGCAUCCCCAACGGUAACCUGAAGAAGGUGAUACCUGGAUACACAGGUUUCAUCCCAAGGAGUCAGAACUACUUUUCCCGCAGCUUCUCUGAUGUCUGUUUUAAAGCUCAGGCCGAGUUCCACCAGGAAAGAGAAGCGAGGAACCUAGAGAGGUCAACAGAGCUGCCGCUUGUUUUCACCUCCACCAACCGACAGUUUGAAAGACCAAAACGCUCCCUGACGGCCAACAAGGUGGUCUCCUUCAAGCCGUCCUACACCCCCGUCAUCAUUUCACCAUAUUCAAUGGACGAUGAUAACCAGCACAAGCACUUUAUUUCAGGUUUUACGGGGCACGUGCCAAAGUCGCGUUUCCUGAUGGGUAAAGGUUACCCCAUCAUCACCAAAGAGGCAUUGAUCAAAUUUGGAAAGGAGCAGCGCAGUAACUCCAUGUCCCCGGAGACCCUCAGGAAGGACAGUACAACUCCUCCCAUCCCAACCAUCUACCAAUCAAAAAGCGGUGUGGUGCCAUCAUUCACGGGACACAUCCCAGGAAACAAGUUCAUGUUCGGACACACAUUUGGUCAGAUUUCCCGGGAAGCGCUGGAAAGGUUCCGCAUCGAGAGGCUCCUUCAAGAAAAGUCCUGAAACUGUCACACACUUAUUUCUAAUGAUCAUAACUGGCGUGAUGGAAAUCUUAAAAUUCACAUUUACACAAGAGCACCUCAGGGGCCCCAGGCAAAAGGGACCUGUGGGGCCCUACAUCAAACCAAACCAGGCAAAACAAAACACUUUAUACAUGACAGACAUUCUCGUCAUCAACCAAACCUCUAGAUGACGACGCAUUUUGGCAGAGAGCCAAAAAUUAUCUAAGGGGUUUCUCAGAGAGUGGUUGUUACUAUGAGCUCAGGGGGCCCCGGGCACAUUCCUCGGUUUGCCAUCCCUGUCAUACGACACACUAAUACAAUUAAACAUAAAUAAACUGCACACAAGAAGAAGACAGGUAAAUAUAUUAGGUCUUUAUUAACAGAUUUUGAUUGUCACUGGGCAUUAGAGGAAGCAUUCAGAGGCUGAGGAGAAAAUACUGUGGUAUAAUAUCACAUUACUCAAUGCAGGGAACAUAUUGUCUUACUUCUUAUCCAACUAUCAGUCUAUCAAAAUAUAGCUUACACACAUUUAGGUACCUGAAACAGCCGGACGGUUGUGUAACUGAACCAACCUCACAUGAACACACUCAUUAUAACAAACUAUUGCACACACUUGAAAUUCUAGUGCCAGAAAUGUUUCCAGAAGCUCAUUCUACAGCUUUAAAAACUUUUACAAGAGAAUAAGAAAAGAAAAGCACAGAAGCACUUAUAGCAGUCGACUGCAUGUUAUUCCAGUCAUGCACCUACGGUAAAUCCAUGCUUGGAAAUUUGCAAAAAAAAACAAGCUGAUAAAAAUCACUGACACUACAAGAGGUUGACGUGUGGCACAUUUGCCACUUUAACAGUGUAUUGCUUUCUUUCUUUGUUUUAAGACGAUCGAUAAGAGGAAGGAUAGAGACUGACGGUGUAAUAUGGGAAAGUGAUGAUUUUGUACCACGUUAAUGUUUAACAGUCUACUUUGGGUCAUUAUUCACAAUUUAUGAUUGAUUUUUGCCCUAAAGAAAAACAGAUUAGAGUAACAGAAGUGACUACUUACAGUUCUUCCAGGUGCAAACUGAGGCUUUGGCUCUCGUUCUUCAGGAGGUUGAAACUUUUGUUACUACAGUAAAUAUGCCUUCACCCAUAGGGGGCGUAAUCUUCAGUAGUCCUUGGUCUUGUUUGUCUGUGCUGCUACUAUCUUCAUUGACUUUAUGGAUUGAGCCAACAGUCCAAGCUGCGAUCUGUCCAAAUGGAGCCACUGGGAUGGUCGCCUGAAAUCAAUCACACAGAAACGUCAUGAGAACAUUGUCAAACUUUCACCGAUCUAAGAAAGAAAAACUGA